AUGGAAAACAGCUUCCGAUCGCUUUUGGGCAUGAAUGGUGUAAAAUAUAUAUACAAAAGGAGUUUCCAUUGGCGGACUUGGAGGCAAAUUGAAAAUAAGGGGAAUAGAACCAUCGUUUGCUACAGGUGCAAUAGUGUUGUGAACGCGACGUGUAAAAAUUGCCCAAGUAGUGGGUAUUGGGUCAUUGAAGAAAAGCCUCCGCCAUGUCCAUACGAAAUUAUGUCUAUGCCCAAUGAUCGAGAGCUAUGUGCGAUACAUAUAAAUGAGUAUAACAAUUUGCAUAGCGCAUGCCCCUCUCUUAUUAAUAUCAACGAGUUGUUAAUAACAUGCAACAACCCUAUAGAGACUGAAUGGAAAGUAACCAGUAAAUAUGACGAUCUACAAUCUGAACAUACUUUGAAAGUUAUUUGCGGAGGGCAGGAAAGCUGUAAAAUUUUGACGUUAUAUACGGUUUUACCACAUUCGAUAGUAUUUAGGAUUAUCAACAUAUGUGAACUGUGUAUCGUAUUUUCUUUGGACAUGUUAGCUGUCAUCGAUGAUCGAAUA